AUGCUCCAGGAUGUUUACGGGGUCACAUAUGCCAUUGCUAUUUAUGAGGCUCUAGAUGCUGCGGCAUCGAUGUGUGAUGGAGAUCUGCUCUUGAUCAAUGAGAGAGCAGUCAUGUCCUAUAAUCAUGGCAACUUUGAGAAGGCUGCGAAGAUGUUCCAAAUGGCAUUAGAUCUGGCACAAGUGACCCAGACAUCGCAAAAAGCAUGGGCGACGACUUAUCUCAACCUCAGAACAGCGUACCGAAAGCUCAAACGCUAUGAGGAGGCUCGGAUGGCAUAUGUUAAGGUGUUAGAGCUGGACCCGCGUCACUCAGUCACCCUAGGUUUUCUCGGGAUUGUGCACCAUCUACUGGGCAAUUUGGACAAGGGGCCAUUGUCAAGUACCACAAGGUGGGUUCCUGCUCUCGGCUGUGUUGACGCACAUUCUGAAUAUGAAUUCUUCUAUCGCAAGGCAUUGAGUAUUGAUCCUAUCAACCCCCAUGUCCUAGAGCUUCUGAACAUUGCCCUGGAGUCCUCAUUGCUCGCCACUAAAACCAUUGAGGCCGACUUCAAGAAUGCUGUGAAGCUGUUGAAGAACAAGUUCAGCUGCCACCACAGUGGGAAGGGUAAAGAGAAGGCCCCAGAUGACAUGAGCAUCGGUUGA